UUGUUCAUCAGAGAGAGAGAGAGACACACACACAAGAAACCUUCGUGAAAUCAGAGGAAAAGGGAGACGGGUUUAUGAGAAUCGAAUUAAAUUAGGGUUUUACAGCAGAAGAAAGAGAAGAAGAGCAUGGCGGCGCUUGCAGAAAAGAGCUGUAAAUUCUCGGGUUGUUGCUUUGUUUCUUAAAUGCCCCCUCUUUUCAAUACUGAGAAAAAAAAACAAUUAAAGUGAAAGGGCCAGAAGAUAGCACGAGGGGGGACAGCCUGCUGCAGCGAAAACAAAAAUAAAAAACCAACGAAGUUGUUAAAGAGACGAGAGGAUUUAUGUAACAAAUACACGUGUUGUUGGGGAGAUUUUUAUGAUAUGGAUUGUCUGUCACAAUUGAGUUCCGGAAGAGGUUUAGAGAAGGAGAAAUGGCGGGCUUCUUUUCACUAGGAGGAACUAACACCCAACAGGGCAAUACGCCGACCGAAAUACAACCCGAGAGCUGGUUUUGGUACAGAAAUGAAGAUGUUCCUUACAAGGGUUUCGAACUAUGGCAGCAGCAGCAACAACAACAACAAGAUCUUUAUGCGUCGGCAGCUGGGUUAGGGGUUGGUCCUAGUAGGACUUCGAUUAACUUUUCUGAUGAUUCUUCGUCGAGAUCCGGUUUCAUGAUGAUGAGAAGUGGUGGUGGUGGUAGUAGUGGUGGAGGAGGAGGGGUUAUAAGUUGCCAGGAUUGUGGCAACCAAGCUAAAAAGGAUUGCCCUCACAUGCGGUGUCGAACUUGUUGUAAAAGCCGAGGUUUUGAUUGCCAAACUCACGUCAAGAGUACUUGGGUUCCUGCUUCUAAGCGCCGUGAAAGGCAACAACAACUUGCUGCUUGGCAGCAACAGCAACAACUUCAGCUUCGAACAGAGAAUCCCAGAAGACAUCGAGAGAAUCGUCCCUCGUCUUCCCUUGCCUACACUCGUUUACCCACUAACGCGUUAGGGUUAGAACCAGGGAAUUUCCCAGCAGAAGUGAACUCUGAAGCCGUGUUUCGGUGCGUGAGAGUGAGUAGCAUUGAAGAUGCCGACGAUCAGUACGCUUAUCAGACGUCUGUGAACAUCGGGGGUCACGUUUUCAAGGGAAUUCUUUACAAUCAAGGCCCUGAAAGUGGAUACGACAUGGUUACACCAUCAGCAGCAGCCGCUGGUGAGACUUCUUCUGGAGCUAGGGUGGUUCAACCGCUGAAUCUCAUCACUUUCGGCCCUACCGCAGCGGCCACCAACACGGCUACUAUUGUAGCCUCCGCAGGUGGUAGCGGUGCUUCUUCAUCGGCGACCGCACUUUUAGACCCUUCCUCUCUCUAUGCAACUCCACUCAACUCUUUCAUGGCCGGUACGCAGUUUUUUUCAAAUCAAAGAUCUUAAAAAAAGAAAAAGCAAAAAAAAAAAAGCACACCCACAAUCUUUUUUCCUUU